UGCCGUUACCACAAAGACAGGAAGCUUCGGGAUCGCUGCUAGCGCUUGCUUGCCAUUUUGACUGACGCCUUGCCUGAAAUUUCGUAAACAGUUUUAGCUUCUGCUUGGCUGCUCUUGAAGUGACGAGGACGCUAUGUCGAAGCGUAGGAUUGAGGUCGUGGACCCUUACGUCAAGCGAAAAGCCACGGACAGCUCAACAUCUAAUAAUGCGACAGCUGCACCAUCCACAGCGACGAAAAGCCAAGUGCAAUUCAAUCCAUAUACUAUGCUGCCAUAUACACCGAGAUACUAUGAACUUUACAAGAAAAGGAUAACUCUGCCUGUAUUUGAAUAUCGUACUGAUUUUGUGAGAUUGUUAUCUCAACAUCAAUGUAUUGUUCUUGUUGGAGAGACUGGUUCUGGGAAAACUACACAGAUACCGCAAUGGUGUGUAGAAUAUUCAAGGAGUAUUGGAAACAAAGGUGUUGCCUGUACAUCUCCAAGAAGAGUAGCAGCUAUGAGUGUAGCUCAAAGAGUUUCAGAAGAAAUGGAUGUUGCCUUAGGUCAAGAGGUAGGAUACAGUAUCCGUUUUGAAGAUUGUAGCUCACCAAGGACUGUACUAAAGUAUAUGACUGAUGGUAUGUUACUUCGUGAAGGCAUGUCUGACCCUAUGCUAGAUGCAUAUCAAGUGAUACUGCUCGAUGAAGCACAUGAAAGAACAUUAGCUACUGACUUGCUUAUGGGUGUUUUGAAAGAAGUGAUCAAGCAAAGACCCGAUUUGAAACUUGUGAUUAUGAGUGCCACUUUGGACGCUGGAAAGUUUCAACAAUAUUUCGAUAAUGCACCACUUAUGAAUGUACCUGGUAGAACGCAUCCAGUUGAAAUAUUUUAUACACCGGAGCCGGAAAGAGACUAUUUAGAAGCUGCAAUUAGAACCGUUAUUCAAAUCCAAAUGUGUGAAGAAAUUGCCGGGGACCUUUUAUUAUUUUUAACUGGUCAAGAGGAAAUUGAGGAAGCUUGCAAGAGAAUUAAAAGGGAAAUGGACAACUUGGGACCCGAAGUCGGUGAAUUAAAGUGUAUACCGCUGUAUUCAACGCUGCCGCCAAAUCUUCAACAGAGAAUAUUUGAACCUGCUCCACCUACUAAACCUAAUGGUGCUAUCGGUCGCAAAGUCGUAGUUUCGACUAAUAUUGCAGAAACAUCGUUGACUAUCGACGGUGUUGUUUUCGUGAUAGAUCCUGGUUUUGCCAAACAAAAAGUAUAUAAUCCCAGAAUUCGUGUCGAGUCUCUUUUAGUAUCCCCUAUUAGUAAGGCUUCAGCACAACAACGAGCCGGUCGUGCUGGUAGAACAAGACCUGGAAAAUGUUUCAGAUUGUACACAGAAAAGGCAUAUAAAAAUGAAAUGCAGGAUAAUACUUAUCCUGAAAUUUUGCGUUCCAAUCUUGGAAGUGUUGUGUUGCAAUUGAAGAAACUUGGUAUUGAUGAUCUGGUACAUUUUGAUUUUAUGGACCCACCUGCACCUGAAACUCUCAUGAGAGCUUUGGAACUUUUGAAUUAUUUGGCAGCUCUUGAUGAUGAUGGGAACUUGACAGAUCUCGGAGCAGUGAUGGCGGAAUUUCCAUUGGAUCCCCAAUUAGCAAAAAUGCUUAUAGCUUCUUGCAAUCAUAAUUGCAGCAAUGAAAUACUCAGCAUUACUGCUAUGCUCUCAGUCCCACAGUGUUUUGUGAGACCAAACGAAUCGAAAAAGGCUGCGGAUGAUGCAAAAAUGAAAUUUGCACAUAUUGAUGGUGAUCAUUUGACGCUACUUAAUGUAUAUCAUUCUUUCAAACAACAUAUGGAUGAUGUUCAAUGGUGUUACGAUAAUUAUGUUAAUUAUCGAUCGUUAAAAAGCGGAGAUAAUGUAAGACAACAAUUGAGUAGAAUAAUGGACAGAUUUGUAUUAAAGCGCACUUCAACCGACUUCAAUUCAAAAGAUUAUUACAUUAAUAUUAGAAAAGCUCUUGUUAAUGGGUUUUUCAUGCAGGUAGCGCAUUUAGAGAGAACGGGACAUUAUCUGACUAUUAAAGAUAAUCAAGUGGUACAGCUUCAUCCAAGCAGCUGUCUGGAUCAUAAACCAGAAUGGGUUAUUUAUAAUGAAUUUGUGCUUACAACUAAAAAUUAUAUCAGAACAGUUACUGAUAUUAAACCUGAUUGGUUGCUGAUGAUAGCACCACAAUAUUAUGAUCUACAAAAUUUCCCUCAAUGUGAAGCUAAACGACAACUGGAAAUGAUUCAAGCAAAACUAGAUUCAAAGCAGUAUCAGGAAGGCUUCUAACCUCUAUGUAUUUUAGAAAUGUUUGGAAAUGACACAAAACUGUCGACAGUACUCAGUCAAUCUGCUUCUGUAAUGCAUAAUGAACUUUGGCACUUUUUCACUAUCAAAGUCACAUCACAUAAAAUGUGAGGAGUCAUUUUCUGUUCUUCACUUAAGACACUGAAGAAAUAUUAUAUUUAGGUUUUUGUACAAGCCUAAAAUUAGCUUGUAUAAUGUAAAAAUUGAAUAUUUGAAUACUUUCAACGCUUAAGCUCAAAAAAAAGGAAUGAAAAUGGACACUUAGCUUGAGAUACAGCAAAAAAUAUAGUUAAUAAAAAGAUUAUUUAUGUACAUUUAAGAAAAGAUUUAGUUUUUAAGUAAUUUUUAAUAUAGUAGAGUUUUCACAUUUAAUCAACGUUUACAUUCGGACGUAUUUGAAAUGCCGCUACACGAUAUAGUUUAAUUUACUGUAUAAAUUUAUUAUAUCUAUAUGCAGAAUGUAGAUAUAAUAGAUAAUUUUUGUAUUAAAUGUUGACCAUAUAUUGUGAAGAAGGGAUAUAUAAAAUAGCUACUCCAUAAAUAGUCAAAAAAUAAUCUUUUCAUAUUUGCUUAAAAUCCUCUAAAAUAGGUUCGAUUUUUGCUAAUAUUAGCCUCUAAUAACACAUGUCCAAAAGACUUCUGGAGGACAGCCAAAGGAAACUUUAUGUCUUCUGGACAUGUGUACUAUUAGAGACUAUAUUGCUUUCUCUUUCUCUCUCUUUUUUUUUGGCACGCUAAAUAAAACUUGGUUGUGAUGUUUUUUGCGUUCUAUUUCCUCAAUUUAAAAUAUGUAAGGUGCAGUUAUAGUGACAUUUCUGAUUGAGAUGAGAAUAUGUUGGAUGUAUGACAUUUCUAAUUAGAAUAAAAUUAUAAAAAAAUCACAGAGAGAGCGAGAGAGAGAAAGGAAAAAUUGUAUAUAUUUAUUAUAAACUUUAAUUUUGCAACCUCAACUUUUGUCUAUUGGAACUUUUGUCUAAAUUGGAAAAAAAUAGAGCAAAGCUAAAAAGAUAAUAAGAGAAAUAUUUCUAAACACACUACCAUCUAGACCUAAAAAAUCAAAUCAUUGAAAAAAAUAUUUAUGAUAUAUAUUAGAAUAUAAUCAAAGCAAAGACAAAAAAACGACAACAAGCUGUGACCACAAAAUAUGAAAAACGUAAUAAAAUACCUUCAAUAGCACCUGAAA